UGGUUCUUAAUUGUAGACGUAGAUGAAUGCGCAAGCUCUGGAACAAACGAGUGCGACCCCAACGCUUUGUGUAACAACACUGAAGGAUCCUACGUCUGUAGUUGUGUUAGUGGUUAUAAGGGUAAUGGAAGAAACUGCACAGACAUCGAUGAAUGUGAAAAUGGAGAAAAUUCUUGUCACGCGAAUGCACUGUGUUCCAAUACCCCGGGAAGUUACGUGUGCCGUUGCAUUCGGGGUUUUGAGGGAGAUGGCAGGACAUGCGUAGAUCGCAACGAGUGCAGGGAGAGCAACGACACAUGCGCAGCUAAUGAAGAGUGUGUGAACAAGCCUGGAUCGUACUCUUGUACUUGUGUUCCUGGGUACACUGGAGAGGCAGGAAAUUGUCAAGACGUCGAUGAAUGUGCAAGCCCUGAAACAAACGAAUGUGAUUCCAAUGCUGUGUGCACGAACACUGAAGGGUCGUAUGUCUGUCGCUGUGUAAGUGGAUAUCAGGGCAAUGGUAAAAACUGCACAGACUUUGAUGAAUGUGCAAACCCUGAAACAAACGAAUGUCACGCCAACGCUCUGUGUAACAACACAGAGGGAUCCUACAUCUGCCGCUGUCUUAGUGGGUAUCAGGGAGAUGGUAGAAACUGCACAGCCAUCGUUGUCGGCUGCUCCCCAUCUUGUGGUCCAAAUGCGAAUUGCCUGGAAAGUGGCGGACGUCCUAUGUGUGAAUGCAGUCCUGGGUUUGAGGGUGAUGGAUACGUCUGUGCAGAUAUCAACGAAUGUGACAAUGGAGGAAAUUCUUGUGACGUAAAUGCGCUGUGUUCCAACACCCCGGGAAGUCACGUGUGCCGCUGUAUCCAGGGUUUUCAGGGUGAUGGCAGGACAUGCGUAGACAUCGAUGAAUGUUCCAGCCCUGAUACAAACCAAUGUGAUUCCAAAGCUCUAUGUAACAACACUGAUGGAUCCUACAUCUGUCGCUGUCUAAGUGGAUAUCGGGGUGAUGGAAGAAGCUGCACAGACAUCGAUGAAUGUGAAAAUGCAGAGAAUUCUUGUCACGAGAACGCACUGUGUUCAAACACUGCGGGAAGUUAUGUGUGUCGCUGCAUUCGGGGUUUUGAUGGUGAUGGCAGGACAUGCGUAGAUCGAGAUGAAUGUAAACAGACGAAUGACACCUGUGCAAUUGAUGAAGAGUGUGUAAACACGAUUGGAUCUUACUCGUGCAAUUGCGCCCCCGGGUACAUUGGAGAGGCAGGAAAUUGUCAAGACACGGGAUCUUCUUUGAUGAAAGGCAUGCAUCUGACAUCAGUCGAGUUUAGCAUGGUGAGGAAUAGUGAACUGUUCCGUAGAUUCAAUAAAAGUCAGCGUCAUUUGGUUCGAGAGGAAAAAGUGAAACACCGUCACAUUUAUUUAAACAUUGUUUCCACGUUUUUAGAUAUUGACGAAUGUGCGAAUGAGAACAAUAAUGACUGUGAUCCCAGCGCGCUGUGUACCAACACUGAAGGAUCCUACAUCUGUCGCUGUCUUCGAGGCUACGAAGGGAACGGCAGAACAUGCACAGAUAUUGAUGAAUGUGCAAGUCCUGAAGCAAAUACCUGUCACUCUAAUGCCUUGUGUACCAACACUGAGGGUUCUUACAUUUGUCGCUGUCUACAAGGGUAUAGUGGUGAUGGGGAAAAUUGUACAGAUAUGAAUGAAUGUGAAAAUUUUGAAACAAACGAUUGUGACCCCAACGCUCUUUGUAGUAACACGGAGGGAUCUUACAUCUGUCGAUGUCUCAAAGGGUAUGAGGGAGAUGGCAUUAAUUGCACAGCAACUGGAGCAUUAGUUUGCGAUCCGCCUUGUGGAAGAAAUGCAGUUUGUCAGAACAAUAGUGGAAUUGCUGAGUGUGUUUGUGCGGAUGGUUUUAACGGUGAAGAAAAUUGUACAGACAUCGAUGAAUGUGAGGAUGAAAACAACUGCGAUUUAAACGCCCUAUGUACCAACACUGACGGAUCUUACAUCUGUCGCUGUCUAAGAGGUUAUGAGGGCGAUGGCCGAUAUUGCAUAGAUGAGGAUGAGUGUGACAAUGCUGAAAGAAACGAUUGUGACCUGAACGCCUUGUGUAACAACACUGAGGGAUCUUACACCUGUCGCUGUCUGAACGGAUACGAGGGCGAUGGUAGAAACUGCACAGAUGUUGACGAGUGCACCAAUUCUGAAAAGAACGAGUGUGACCCCAACGCCCUGUGUACUAACACCAUUGGAUCUUAUCUCUGUCGCUGUGUGAAGGGAUAUGAAGGGGAUGGAAGAAAGUGCACAGACGUCAUAUCUGGUUGCUCGCCAUCUUGUAGUCCAAAUGGGUUUUGCAAAGAAGAAGAUGGACUCCCAGUAUGUGCUUGUUUUUCGGGUUUCCAAGGCGAUGGAUACAAUUGUACUGAUAUUGACGAGUGCGCUAGUGUUGCAACCAACGAGUGUGACCCUAAUGCCUGGUGUACAAACACUGAAGGUUCUUACAGCUGUCGCUGUAUCCGGGGCUUUAAAGGGGACGGCAAAAACUGCACAGAUGUCGAUGAAUGUUCCAGUAAUGAGAAGAACGACUGUAACCCCAAUGCCAUGUGCACCAACACUGAAGGAUCCUAUGUCUGCAGAUGCAUUCGAGGUUAUGAGGGUGAUGGUCGAAACUGCACAGAUGUCGAUGAAUGUGCAAGUCCUGCAUCAAACGAGUGUGAUCCCAACGCUCUGUGUACCAAUACUGAAGGAUCAUACAUAUGUCGCUGUCGUAGGGGUUACGAAGGAGAUGGUAGAAAUUGCACAGACGUGGACGAGUGUGCAAGCAGCGAAACAAACGAUUGUGAUUCAAAUGCUGUGUGUACGAACAUUGAAGGGUCGUACGUUUGCAGAUGCAAAAAAGGAUAUGUCGGAAGUGGUAAAAACUGCACAGACACUGACGAAUGUGCAAGUGCUGAAGCAAAUGAGUGUGACGUCAACGCCCUAUGUACCAACACUGAUGGAUCCUACAUGUGCCGCUGCAUUCGAGGUUAUGAGGGCGAUGGCAUAAACUGUACAGCCGUGAUUUCUGGCUGUUCUCCAUUGUGUGACCCAAACGCGUUUUGCGAUGACGGUGGUGAACUCCCUGUGUGUGUUUGCAAACCUGGUUUCCAAGGAAACGGACAGAGUUGCAUAGAUAUUGAUGAGUGUGCUAGCGCUGAAGUGAAUGACUGUAGCUCCAACGCCAUGUGUACCAACACUGAAGGGUCGUAUGUCUGUCGCUGCAAACGGGGUUAUGUUGGAGAUGGUAAAAACUGCGCAGAUGUUGACGAGUGUACAAGUCCUGAAGCAAACGAAUGCGACCUGAACGCCAUGUGUACCAAUACUGAAGGGUCGUAUGUUUGUCGCUGUAAACGGGGAUAUGCUGGAGAUGGCAAAAACUGUACAGAUAUUGAUGAAUGUUUUAGCGCUGAAGCCAACGAAUGUGAUUCAAACGCCAUGUGUACCAACACUGAAGGGUCAUAUGUUUGUCGCUGUAAAAGGGGAUAUACUGGUGGUGGCAAAAACUGCACAGAUGUUGACGAGUGUGCAACCCCUGAAGCAAACGAGUGUGACCUGAACGCAAUGUGUACCAAUACUGAAGGAUCUUACGUCUGUCGCUGUAGAAGAGGAUAUGCUGGAGAUGGUAGAAACUGCACUGACAUUGACGAGUGUGAUAAUGCUGAGUCAAACGAGUGCGACUCCAGUGCUCUGUGCACCAAUACCGAAGGGUCUUUCGUCUGCCGCUGCCUGGUGGGAUAUGAAGGAGACGGAAGGACUUGUAUAGAUAAAGAUGAGUGCGCCAAUAAUGAAACAAAUGAUUGUGACCCCAACGCCCUUUGUACCAACACUGAAGGGUCUUAUGUCUGUCGCUGUCUUAGUGGAUAUCAGGGAGAUGGUAGAAACUGCACUGCGGUAAUCCCUGGCUGUUCUCCACCUUGUGGUCCCAAUGCUGGUUGUCAGACAAGUGGUAAAUUACCUGUUUGUGUGUGUAAUCCUGGUUUCCAAGGAGACGGAUACAACUGUUCAGACAUUGAUGAGUGCGAGAGUGUUGAGCUCCACGAAUGUGACCCCAAUGCCCUGUGUACUAACGUUGAGGGAUUGUACAUCUGCCGCUGUCUUAGAGGUUACGAGGGAGAUGGUCAAUUUUGCGCUGAUGUGAAUGAAUGUGAAAAUGCUGAGUCAAACGACUGUGGCCUGAAUACUGUAUGUACCAACUCAAAUGGGUCAUACUCCUGUCGCUGUAAAGUUGGCUUUCAAGGUGAUGGCGUAAACUGCACAGAUAUUGACGAGUGUGCAAGUGACGAAACAAAUGAAUGUGACCCCAACGCCUUGUGCACCAACACCGAUGGAUCUUACAUCUGCCGAUGUCUCCUAGGCUACGAGGGAGACGGCCGGAACUGUAUAGUUCCUGGCUGUAACCCUAAGUGCGGUGACAAUUCAUACUGCGUUGAAGAUGAUAUCUUCCCAUACUGUUCGUGUUCAAGUGGAUACACAGGAGAUGGCUACAAUUGCACAGACAUUGAUGAAUGUGCGAGCUCUCAAGCAAACGAGUGUGACCCCAACGCUCUUUGUACAAACACAGCUGGAUCCUACGUUUGUCGGUGUCUGAACGGAUAUCAGGGUGAUGGCAGAAACUGUACUGAUGUAGAUGAAUGUAAAAGCUCUGAAGCAAACGAUUGUGAUCCUAACGCUCAGUGUACAAAUACUGAAGGAUCUUAUGUUUGUCGAUGCCGCAGUGGUUAUCAGGGUAAUGGGAGAAACUGCACAGAUAUCAAUGAAUGUGCAACCCCUGAAACAAACCAGUGUGAUCCUAACGCUCUGUGUAACAACACUGUCGGAUCCUACAUCUGUCUUUGUCUUACUGGAUAUCAGGGUGAUGGUAGAAACUGUACAGAUGUCGAUGAAUGUGCAAGUUCUGAAACAAACGAGUGUGACCCCAACGCUGCUUGUACAAACACAGUAGGAUCCUACGUUUGUCGUUGUCUGAGUGGAUAUCAGGGUGAUGGAAGAAGCUGCACAGACGUAGAUGAAUGCGCAAGCUCAGAAACAAACGAGUGUGAUCCAAAUGCUCUGUGUACAAAUGCAGAAGGGUCUUAUGUUUGUCGUUGUCUUAGUGGUUAUCAGGGCGAUGGAAGAAACUGCACAGACAUUGACGAGUGUGAGAAUAAAGAGCUCAAAUGUGACCCUAACGCUUUGUGUACCAACACUGAAGGAUCCUAUGUCUGCCGUUGUCGUGGAGGAUUUACAGGAGACGAGAAAAUAUGUACAGACAUUGAUGAGUGUACAAGCUCUGAAAAUAACGAAUGCGACCCCAACGCAGUGUGUAACAACACUGAAGGGUCCUACGUCUGUCGUUGCCUCAGUGGAUACCAGGGUGAUGGUAGAAGCUGCACAGACGUUGAUGAAUGUGCAAGCUUCGAAACAAAUGAGUGUGAUCCUAACGCUCUGUGUACCAACACUGAAGGGUCGUAUGUUUGCUCGUGUCUUAGCGAAUAUCAGGGUGAUGGAAGAAAUUGCACGGACAUCGACGAAUGCGCCGAUGAGGAACAAAACGACUGUGAUCCAAACGCCAAGUGUAGUAACAUUGUCGGAUCCUACAUCUGUCGCUGUCUCAAAGGAUUCGAGGGAGAUGGUAGAGACUGCACCGGUAAAUAUCUGUUUUGUUUUAUGUGUUUUAUAUGCAGUUAGCGAAAUAGUUAUUCUUGGCAAAGUUAACAUUAUUUUACAACAUAAUUUUGACGAAAAAGUAGCAUGUCACUUAGUAUAUCAUCAGAUUACGGAGAGAUG